AAUAUUACUAUUGAUUAUUAAUAACUUUGUUUAUACUUUUCGCGUUCAUAUCUGUUUGGUCCACCACAAUUAUUUGGUGAGCCUCGAUUUUUUUAUAGACAUCUAUUAUAUAUAUCUACAUAUUUGUUAUUAUUAAUUGGCACGAUACACCAUAUUUUUUGUUUUGUUUUUGCCAUCAUGAACUCUCCUGGUAAACUCAUUGACUUAAAUAGUCCACUGAUCAACCCCUUGAACUCUUCACAAUCAGAAGAUAAUGCCUUAACCUCGAUCAACGCAAUUUCAGACUUAAGACUACCAACGUACGGUGUUCAUAAUCCAAGAGUCUGGUUUGCACAAAUUGAAGCUUUGUUCAUGGCUAGAGGCAUAAGAUCUCAGGCAACAAAGUAUGCUUAUGUAGUUGGCGCACUCCCUAUUGAGAUUGCCGCUGAAGUCGGGGAUUUAAUCGACCACAUACCAGAAUCUGAACCUUAUGAUAAAAAAAAGACAGCCGUAAUCCAACGCACCUCGGUUUCAGACGAGAGAAGACUGCAUCAAUUGCUAACGUCUUGCGAAUUGGGGGACCCUCGUAAUUACUCCGACAUAUGAAACAUUUAGCAGGGUCAUAUAAGGUAGACGAUGCAUUACUUAGACAGAUGUGGUUUCAACGUUUAACACAGAACGUCACCCAAAUUCUCAGCGUAUCAGGAACUACUGUCAAUCUCGACGAUCUAGCUGAUAUGGCAGACAUGAUGAUGGAGAUUUAUCCCGACAGUCAGUGUUUGAAUGCACUACAAACCUCUAGUAGAGACGCGAUGAACCCCCC